AUGGGACAGGGACGUACAGGGAGAACAAUCUGUCAAGGUGGGGGCAACCAUGAAGUCCCUGCUGGGGUAGUUGGUCAAGAACACCAAAACGCCCCUGUAGUGGUGCCACCACAACAAGAAGAUUUGGCGCAAGAAGUUGCUCGUCUCAGGGAAGAAAUUAGGAAGCGAGAUGAAGAGCCUCACAACCGUCAAGAACAACCCAAUCAAGGACAACAUCAAUUUUUGCCGGUGCAAUACAUGCCUAUGCCGGAGGGUCGAUGGGAACCAAUAUAUGAAAGGUUACGCAAGCAACACCCACCAAAUUUUGAAGGGGGCUCAGAUCCAAUGGAAGCUGAGGAAUGGUUAAGAACAGUGGAAGGUAUUGUUGAGUACAUGUGGCUCGGUAACGGAGAUAGUGUAGCUUGUGCUGCUAGUUUAUUGAAAAAGGAUGCCCGCAUCUGGUGGGAUGUUAUUAAACAAACACGGGAUGUGACCGCAAUGACCUGGGUUGACUUUGUACAUGUUUUUAACAAAAAAUACUACAGUGAAGCAAUACGCUCAGCUAGAGUAAAUGAGUUCACGAGCCUGAGGCAGGGUAAGUCUACAGUUACAGAGUAUGCUCGCCAAUUUGACAGAUUAGCAAAGUUUGCCACAGAUCUGGUUCCUACUGAGUUUCUGAGGAUUCAUUGUUUUACUGAAGGGCUCGACUCCCGAAUAAGUCGGGACAUAGCGAUGUCAGGAGUAAGGGCAACCACGUAUGCUGAGGUACUGGAAAAAGCCCUAGAAGCUGAGUUGUGUGAAAGUCGUAUGCAGAAAGACAAUACAGCAAGGUGGGAGGCCAGAAAGGCCAGUAAUGGAGGUGGUGAUAACAAAAGGAAACUGACAUGUAACCAACACAACGAAGCCGACAAGAGAAACAAGAUAGGGUCCAAUAACUACAAAGGGAAGAAGCCAUAUGUGGAGUACCCCCUAUGCCCAACAUGUAAGCAUCCGGGAGAAUGUCGACUGAAAGGCAAGACUUGUUACAAGUGUGGGCAACCAGGCCACUAUAAGAAGGACUGUCCGCAAAAGGGUGAUCAACUCAAGGAUGACAAACUUGUCCCAACUCGAGUAUUUGCACUAACCAGAGGGGAGGCUGAGACUAGUAACACUGUGGUUGCAGGUCAGAUUUCUAUCUCUGGAAAACUAUGUACUGUUUUAUUUGAUUCUGGAGCUACGCACUCAUUUAUUGCUUUAAAGAUGAUAGAUAAGUUAGAACUACCGUAUGUAAACUUUAGUUAUAAGUUCAUGACGAAGUUGCCCUCGGGCGAGGUUAUGAUAUCAUCUAGAGGAGUGCGGGAUGCGCCAAUAAGGAUUGCAGACAAGGAACUUAGUGGAGAUCUGAUAGAGCUGGAGAUGAGGGAUUACGAUCUUAUCUUGGGUAUGGAUUGGCUAUCACGACAUGGAGCAACAAUAGACUGCCGAAAGAGGACAGUCACUUUCACCCCUGAAUCUCGAGAGGCAUUCAUAUUUGAAGGAAUCAAAGUCAAGUCAAGAUUACCGCUAGUUACAGCCUUUGUGACAGAAUUGAAAGCUCAACUACAAGAUCUUUUAGACAAGGGGUUCAUUAGACCAAGUUACUCACCUUGGGGUGCGCCACUGUUGUUCAUUAAGAAGAAGGACGGUAGUAUGCGGAUGUGUAUAGACUAUCGAGAGCUGAACAAAGUGACUAUAAAGAACAAGUAUCCCUUGCCUCGCAUCGAUGAUUUGUUUGAUCAGUUACAAGAGGCGAUCGUCUUCUCAAAGAUCGACUUGAGAUCUGGGUACCACCAAUUGAAAGUCCGAGAGGAAGAUAUAGCAAAGACGGAAUUUCGAACACGGACAAUGGAAGAGCACGAGGAGCACUUAAGGCUAACUCUAAGCAGACUCAAAGAGCACCAAUUGUACGCCAAAUUCAAAAAGUGUGAGUUCUGGUUGGAGAAAGUGGCGUUUCUAGGCCAUAUAGUGUCCAAAGAUGGGGUAGAGGUGGACCCUGCGAAAAUUGAAGCAGUGAAGUGCUGGCCAAAACCAAAAACCGCAAGUGAGGUUCGGAGUUUCCUCAGACUAGCUGGAUAUUAUAGGAGAUUCGUUGAAGGGUUCUAA